ACAAUAAUGGCUUUCGUACAAAGAGGCGGCAGAGGCGGCUCCAGAGGUGGCCGUGGCGGAUCAUCUAGAGGCGGAUCAAGAGGAGGCUUCUCCAGAGGUGGUGGCAGAGGAGGUUUCUCCAGAGGUGGUGGCAGAGGCGCCCCAAGAGGUGGCGCCAGAGGCGGUAGAGGUGCACCAAGAGGCGGCAGAGGCGGUGCCAGAGGCGGCGCUAGCGGUGGUGCCAAGGUUGUGAUCGAACCCCACAGACACGACGGUGUCUACAUCGCCAGAGGCAAGGAGGACUUGCUUGUGACCAAGAACGUUGCGCCAGGAGAGUCAGUCUACGGUGAAAAGAGAGUCACUGUCGAGGAGCCUUCCAAAGACCCAAGCGUCCCAGCCACCAAGGUCGAGUACCGUGUCUGGAACCCUUUCAGAUCGAAGCUUGCUGCCGGUAUCAUGGGUGGUCUUGACCAGAUAUUCAUCAAGCCAGGCGCCAAGGUGCUCUACCUCGGUGCUGCGUCCGGUACCUCUGUGUCGCACGUCUCCGACAUUGUCGGCCCAGAAGGAUUGGUUUACGCCGUCGAGUUCUCUCACAGACCAGGUCGUGAGUUGAUCUCCAUGGCCAAGAAGAGACCAAACGUGAUUCCUAUCGUCGAGGACGCCAGACACCCUCAGAAGUACCGUAUGCUUGUCGGCAUGGUCGACGUCGUCUUUGCGGAUGUUGCGCAGCCUGAUCAAGCCAGAAUUAUCGCAUUAAACUCCCACAUGUUCUUGAAAGACGGCGGUGGAGUUGUCAUCUCCAUCAAGGCAAACUGUAUCGACUCCACCGUUGACGCAGAAACCGUUUUCGCCAGAGAAGUCCAGAAGAUGAGAGAAGAGAGAAUCAAGCCUUUAGAACAAUUGACCUUGGAACCUUACGAGAGAGACCAUUGUAUCGUCGUCGGUGUGUAUAAGAGAAGUGGUUUGUAAUUCCCCAAACACAGUUUCAUCUCGCUUGCUACUUACAACUAGACUACUUUCCUUUCCCUUUUUGUUCCCUCCCCCCUCCAUUUACUACUAAUUUCUUCUUCCUCUUCUAUAAAUAUACAUUACCCCCAUCUUUUUUAUAUCAAUAGUACGUUUGUUUCAUAUAGUAACUGCCCAUCCAUCCGUAGCUUCGUCAACCUCUUGCUUCCUAUCUCAUUGGGCAGCGAACAUGUUUCGAAACCGUG